AUGGCUUCAAUGGAAGAUUUGCUACAGGGUUCAAUGAACCUUCCAUUCCCAGCCCCCACAAAACAAGUUGCGGGGCUGGUCGACGGGGUCAAAACUGAUGUCAUUGUCAUGAAUUUCAGCGAUAAGAUUAUGGUUACCAUCUCGCAAGAGGGUCGACUCGCACAUUGGCUACAUGUACCACUUGGAAACCCAAACCCUGGAACUGAUGGCAUGCACACAUUCUCCGAGGGCGCAGAUGAUGGUCUAUUACCCCUCAGUGGAUUGACAGCAACAUCUCUUCUUGGAGGUCAUGCACCAGGCCAAGAUACCAUCGGUCAACUGUUGGCUCGCCAAAUUGGCACUGCUAUCGCAACCAAAUCUCCCGCCGAGCAGCGUUUGCUUGUUGUUGGCUUAGGACUGGGCAAGCUGGCCUCUGAUCGCGAUUCCUUCUUCGCAAUCAUCGACCUUGUCUUGCAAUGUAUCUGA